AUGAAUAAAGACCAAAGCUUGAUAUGGCAACCGUAUAAGUUCCGAGUACCGGUGCCGUUGCAUCAUCCAAUCCUGCAGCAUCACUUGUCUACCUUUCCUCCCGCAAGCCCACACGGUGGUCGAGCUUAUCAUUCGACAGUCUUACUUCUCCAGAUGUCGCUAAUCUAAUCACCACCAAAGCUGCCGGCACCACUACUAGCUAGCUAGUUCUCGGUACUGCAAGGAAAGGCUUGCUUGCUGCUCAGUAGAAGCAAGAGCACUGGAGCCUUCCUCUCCUUUUCCUCUUCCUCCCACAAAAAGCUUUCUUGCUCACAGACCAAGGAAACAACAGACUAAGAAUUGAAAAAACUGAAGAUGACCAAGACGAGCAAAGCAGCAAUCGAGAUGAUGGGUGAAGACCCCCCCUCGGACAAUGAAGGGAGAAGGGUAUCCAAGAAGGAUAGCUGGGCGGUCGACGACGAAGACGAGACGUCGAACACUGGCUCCUACUCGGAGAGCUCCGGAAGCGGCAACCACCUCUUGGACAGGCAGUACAGGAACAUUGAGAAGACGACCAAAAGGACCAAGAUUGUGGCUCUCUUGGUACUCCUUGUUGGAACAGCAGCAAGUGCUGGAUUCCUCUACAUGGGACUUACCAAUGCCAAGAAGGAUCAGGAGGAGAGCUUUGACAGGGCUGCUGCGGACUUCUCCAAGAGCAUCACAGCCGCUUGGAACGACUACGAGAGCACAACGCUUUGGAUCCAUGAAACAUGCCGCAACUUCAGGACCAACGGUUUCUCUCUGGAUGAUUUCACGGCGCUCCACCAAUACAUUGUCAGUGGAGGCCUUCAGUUUUACGGUAUGCAAUGGAUUCCCCAUGUCAGUCACGACGAACGUCCUGUGUACGAGGAAGGAGGCAAGGAGAUGUGGGGUGAGUUGGAAGGCGCCAACUAUACUGGAUUCACUGGCUGGGAACCUGAUCCAGACAAUCCAGGAGACAUCAAGCUUGGUCCCCGUUCCGAACAACCUUUUUACUUUCCGAUUCAUUUUGGUGCGCCCAUCAAGGAUAUGGUUUCCGUGGCUCACUAUGAUCUUUGGAGUGCUCCUUGGGACGAACCGGCAAUGUCCCAGGCUCUCACCAGUUGGAAGCCAGCUUUGACCGGCAGCUUCCGCUUGAUUCAACAUUCUGAAACAGACGGAUUCUCGGUUGUCCUCUACAAUCCUGGUACUCCCUUGCCUGCUCCCUUUGAAGAUGUGAGACCCAAGGACCUAUCGGCAAUGGUGAUCUACGUUCCUGAUCUCAUGAAACGAGCUGCUGCGGCAACCAGUGCAAGCUUGCAAGCCUUCUUGUAUGAUGCGACCAUGACCAAGGAGGAUGGGUCUCCACCGCAAUACUUGUCAGGACUCGAGAUUCAGACCUCUGAAGGCAACAACGGAACCGCUACUGGUACUGUCAUUCCUGAAACCGCAUUCGCUGAUUUGCAAACCCAUGACAACCUUGUCUUUGAAAAGGAAAUGGCCAUUGGCGGCAAAGUGUGGAAGCUGGUUGUGAUUCCCGCCGAGGGUGCCUAUCACUCCAAUCCAGCCUACAUAUGGGUUAGCGGCAUUAUGAUCUUUGUUGCAUCCUUGCUUCUUGCCGUUUGGAUGCUUCACAACAUGUACCGAACAAUUGAAAUGCACAUGGUAGUCACCAAGGCAGCAGCUGAAGCCAACAUUGUGUCCAACUUGUUUCCAGCCGCAGUGCGCGAGCGCAUGAUUCAGGAUGCCUCACCCGAGAGUUUUGCCGCCAAAGAUGGUUUCAAGAAUGAUGGGACAUCACCUCACACAUCCUCCGCUCUGUCCAGCGAUGCCAUUUUUGGUAGCAAACCCAUUGCACAACUUCAUCCGUACACAACUGUAAUGUGCUCAGACAUUGUUGGCUUUCAGGCUUGGGCGUCCAUUCGAGACCCCAGUCAGGUGUUCACAUUGCUGGAAACCAUCUUUCAUGCCUGGGACAAUAUCGCCAAGCGUCGUCGUGUGUACAAAGUGGAAACUGUGGCUGAUUCCUACGUUGCUGCCGCGGGCCUUCCCCAUGCUAGAUCGGAUCAUGCCGUGGUAAUGUGCAGGACAGCAGUGGAAUGCAUCCACAGAAUGCUCAAACUCUGCAAGGUCUUGGAGCGGACUCUUGGACCAGACACCGGUGAAUUGGGAUGCCGCAUUGGCGUACAUUCUGGACAAGUCGUGGCGGGAGUGCUGAGAGGAGAUAAGGGAAGGUUCCAGCUGUUCGGCGACACAAUGCUGGUGGCAGACAGUAUCUUGGCAACCGGAUUGACCAACGAAGUUCACGUGUCACCUGAGACGGCAGAGCUCGUGAAGAAAGCCCAACGUGACAAGUGGUUGGUUCCCCGAGAGAACCUGGUCAGUUUCAUGGGUAAAAUCCCUCAACAGACAUACCUUGUCCAGAUUCGAACUGAAUCACGAGGUUCCAUGGCGAAGGAAGAAGCACAAGCAGGCCUUUUGUCGGGCAACGUUGAUCUCGGCAAGAGGGAACGGUUGAUUGAAUGGAACGUUGAAGUGUUGAGCGGACUCUUGAGAAGUAUUAUGGCAAGACGAGCUGCAAUGGACCAUCAAAACCAAGAGCGAGCACUGCCCACAGGGAAAGGUUUGCCCAAGAGCCGCAUGGUGUUGGAUGAAGUGGCUGAGAUCAUUGCUCUCCCCAAGUUCGAUGCCGAAACUUUCAAGAAUGAGGUCGACCCUGACUCGAUUGACUUGGAUCCAGAUGUUGUCCACCAGCUGGCCGAUCUGGUGACGAAGAUUGCUGCCAUGUACAGACACAACCCAUUCCAUUGCUUCGAACACGCAAGCCAUGUUACCAUGUCCGUCAUGAAGAUGAUGUCACGCAUUGUGGAUCCCGAAAAGGUUGCUGCCCAGCACGAAAUGAACGCCAAAGGCAAAAGGAAAUCCAUGCGGAAAGAGCUGCAUGAUCACACUUUUGGGAUUACCUCAGAUCCUCUAAGCUUGUUUGCUUGCGCCUUUUCAGCCAUGAUCCACGACGUGGAUCAUCAAGGAGUUCCCAACACUGUGUUGAUCGAAGAGGAGUCACCUCUUGCCGCUAGGUACCAGAACAAGAGUGUCGCCGAACAGAACAGUGUGGAUUUGGCCUGGAAUCUUCUCAUGAAAAGGGACUAUGACAAGCUCCGUGCUUGCUUGUGCUCGUCGGAAGACGACUUUGCACGAUUCCGAUCCUUGGUUGUCAACUGUGUCAUGGCCACGGACAUUAUGGAUAAGCAAUUGGGUGCAGCCCGAAAGGAUCGAUGGAACAAAGCCUUUAGUGGUGAUGAUGCCGCUGCCCAGGAGAGUGCUGAACUUCAGGUCAACAGAAAGGCGACAAUUAUUAUUGAGCACUUGAUUCAAGCUUCCGACAUUAGUCACACCAUGCAGCACUGGCAUGUCUAUGCCAAAUGGAACGAGAGACUCUUCAUGGAAAUGUACAAGGCCUACAAGGCUGGCCGUCUUGAGAAAGAUCCUUCCGUAGGAUGGUAUCGAGGAGAGAUUGGGUUCUUUGAUUUCUACAUCAUCCCUCUAGCUAACAAAUUGUUCAAGUGUGGUGUCUUUGGAGUUUCCUCGGAUGAGUUUUUGAAUUACGCAUUGGCCAACCGAAAGGAAUGGGAGGCAAGUGGCGAAGAGAUGGUAAAGAGGUAUCUUGCCACCUAUGCGGAAGAAUCCGGCUCAGUCAACGAGACCCGUUUCAUGGCGGAAGUUGAGGUUUAAGAGAUGCUCCGAUUGUUGAUUGCGCAAAUGGAGUAUGAAGCAAAAGUGCUGCUUCCGAAAGGCACUGCCAUUAUUCCUCUUGGUCGAACAGAUCCAAACAAGCUUUUUCACUUAUGACAUACAUUUCUAUAGUAUAUACAUGUAUAUCGGAUAUCCAUUAUCAUUCUUCAUACUCGCAUCGAGGGUGCUUGGUUGUUACAAAUAGUUAUUGUUGCAUUUCGCAGCUCCUGGGUAGGCAAGGGAUCGUCAAAGUACCGUACAGUCGUACUCGUAGUCAGAGAUUCCCAGUCGAGUAGGAAGCAAACUGGGACUCCC